AUGGCCCAGGAUGGAGCCGAACAACAAUACUUGGAGCCGCCGAUAAUUACGGCCAUCAAGAACGCCGAGGGCUAUGGCAACGACAUGACUCGGCAUGCAAUGGAGAGGUCAUUCAGCCAGGAUAUCCAGGAAGGUACCCAGGAGCUCAAAGAGGCGGCCGAACAAACCCGGAACAUUAUUCUUGAUCUCAGUUUGGAUGGCCAUAUUCGUUGGGUCAGCCCCUCUUGGACCGAUGUUGUCGGCACUGAUCUCGAGCAUGUUCGAGGUCACAAGAUUUCCGAGUUCAUCAGCGACAAUCCUGACAUCUUUGCAUCCGCCAUCGAGGCUCUGAAGUCGAAUGAUUCUAAGAGCCAGUUUGUCAAAUUUGCCGUCAAGGUUGGCCCUUCUUCCGAUAUGGGCACCAUGCUACCGACAGAUGACGGCGAGGAACCGAGCGAGGACAAUGUUGAAACUGACGAGAGUGGAAAUGCAACCCUCGAGUUGGAGGGUCAGGGAAUCAUGGUCUACGACAGGACGUCUGGGGGAGAGUCGCACACCAUGUGGAUGUUACAGCCAGCCCAGGAGCCCAUCCGCAUUGAAAUAGCUCUGCCUCGAGCACUCGUGGAAACCCUGGGAGUCGGCGCAGAGAUUCUGGCAAAAUAUCUCACCGAGCUCGCAGAGUUCGGGGCUAACGACCCCGAAAAUCACCCUCCACCCCUUCCCAUACUCUGUCGAGUGUGCGAGAGGUCGAUUGUCCCAUGGUGGUUCGAGAAGCAUUCGGAUCUCUGCGUGCAAGAACACAAGGCUGAAAUGGAUGUGCAAAUGGUCCAGGAAAAUCUCUCGGAACAUAGACACGCAAUUGUCAAAGUGCUCGACGCUUUUGAGGUUCGUCAAGGGCGUGGCUCAGGCGGCGAGAACUCCCCUCCUUCAAGCCCCGAGUACAAGGGUAUGCCGAUUGGCCCUUCGCCAAGCUCUUCAACUGGCGUCUCUUCCGCUUCAGCAUCUCAUAGUGCCAGUCCGGUGAGAUCACGAAGCCCUUCGACGACCGCCCCCGGUCAUACCCGGGCUCGUUCGUUUGUGGUCCGGCGACCGUUGGUGCGCAUCGUGGAAUUGAUUCUAGACCUGUGCGACACAGCUAUGGAGAUCAAUGUGCCCUCGAUCAAAGACAGCAAAAGCUCGGCAGAAGAUGACUUCAAGUCUCAGUCUCCGCAGUCGGAAUCCAGAAUUUCCCAAAUCAUUCAAUGGCAACCUCCAAGCAGCCUGGAUAACGAGCCUGGCUUAGCCGCCUUGAGUGCGGAUACCGAAAAACUGGCUCGCGCCAAGGUGGAGGCUGUUCACCGAUAUCAGAAUGUUUUGGAAUACUCCGAGCGCAUACGACAAGAAUACAUGGCUGAGGUGGAUGCGUGUAUAAACGAAGCUUUGAUCAAGGCGGAAAGGGCUGCAGCAGGUGAGGCAUUGUCUUCCAGUGAAAGCGAGUCUGAAGACGAGGCUGCACUGGAAGGCAUUCUCGAAAACCCUGGAGAAGAUAUGGAGCCGACCCCCAAAGCCCUGCCAAUCGAAUACCUUGAGCCCGAAGCCAGUCGCAGCACAUCUUACGUCGGACUAAAGUCAAUGGCUUCUGCCCUCAGAAAUCCUAGAGACUUGCCCCAGAUCACCAUGGGGAAUGAUAAAAGACGAUCGUCGUCACAGGCAGUUUCGACCGGCUCUAGCAGCCCAAUCGAAUGUCCCACCCCAAAGUCUCACCGGAGCAAUCUUAUCUCUCAACCCCAACCCAUCUCGAACCGACGUUCUAUGUACAUUGAGGAUGCCAACGACAGCGACAGUAGUCUCCCACCGCCUUCUUUUUUGUCGGGCAAUUGGCGCACUGACUCUCCAGCUUCUGCAUCUGAUCAGGGUCGGACCGCCCAAUCCAGGGACAGAAAGAGACGAAGCAUGCAUCUUCAUGGCCUUAAUUCGGCCUCCCCUCAUCGCCAGCAGUCUCCAGGAAGAUACCCGCCGCCACCUCCGUCACCAUUGCGGAUGACCAAAUCUAGAAUCCCCAGUGGAGAAAUAGCCCAGUCACCUGUUGUGUCACCCUUGUUGACGGCUGGAGAAUUUGUGCCUCCCACCAAUGCUCCGAAUCUGCAUAGAAGACAGUCGUCGAUGCAUUCGUCAGAUCUGAAGACCCCUGCUUCACCCAGGUUGAACUCUAUCUCUCACCCACAACAGCGGGCACAACCACCCUCAAUCAAGGAUUUUGAGAUCAUCAAACCGAUUAGCAGAGGUGCCUUUGGGAGUGUGUAUCUGGCUAAAAAGAAAAUCACGGGUGAAUACUUCGCUAUCAAAGUACUCCGCAAAUCCGACAUGAUUGCAAAGAAUCAGGUCACCAAUGUCAAGGCCGAACGUGCCAUCAUGAUGUGGCAGGGAGAGAGCGAUUUUGUGGCCAAACUGUACUGGACAUUCUCCAGCAAAGAUUAUCUCUAUCUGGUGAUGGAGUACCUGAAUGGAGGUGAUUGCGCUUCCCUCGUGAAGAUCCUCGGAGGUCUGAGUGAGGAUUGGGCUAAAAAGUACAUCGCUGAAGUCGUUCUCGGCGUCGAACAUUUGCACUCUCGAGGGAUCGUCCAUCGUGACUUGAAACCAGAUAAUCUUCUGAUCGACUCCAAAGGACACCUGAAGCUUACCGACUUUGGUCUGUCUCGUAUGGGUCUUGUUGGUCGACAGAAACGUGCACUCAAGCAGCCCGAUGAAGCCGUCCCCGAUCUUUUGAAGCAGGGGCCAUUCACUCAGAACGGUUCAGGGUCGAAUCCGACCUCGCGAUCCACCUCUUUUGACUACCCGGGACCCCAUUCGCCGGCGCCGACACCUCUCAUGACGCCUGCUUUCACCGGAGGUCUUGAUCAACCAUCCUACUUCAGCCUGAAUAGAGAAAGCUCUCUAAGCCGAGAGACGUCGUUGAGGAAUUCCGGCUAUCGGAGCGAUAGUGGUAGUGGCUCAAGCUUCGAUCUCCAUCAACUUUUCAAAAAGCUCGGCGUGCAGGAAGACAUUGAAUCCCCUCCUCAGAUUUUCCCGCGCAAAAUCGAAGAAGAAGCAUACAGCCAGGGCAGCGCAUCUCCUGAUCUUUUCCCACUGUCACAGUCGAUGAGUAAUAUUUCUCAGACCGCACCCGCUCUUCUGACUUCUCAGAUGUUGGCUCCUCCAUUGUUUGAGCCUGAAGAAAGUGAUCGUCGUUUCGUGGGGACCCCGGAUUAUCUAGCUCCCGAGACCAUCAACGGCACCGUACAGGAUGAAAUGUGUGAUUGGUGGUCUCUGGGGUGUAUUAUGUUCGAAUUUCUCUAUGGUUUCCCACCCUUCAACGCCGAGACGCCGGAGAAGGUAUUUGACAAUAUUCUAAAUCGGAGAAUUGCCUGGCCCGAGGACGACGAAGUCGAAGUAAGCCCAGAAGCAAGAGAUCUCAUUGACAAGCUCAUCCAACUCGACCCGAGAGAAAGGCUGGGUGCAAACAAAGACGAGAAGUACCCAAGCGGUGGCGCUGAGAUCCAAGCACAUCCCUGGUUUGCUGACAUUCACUGGGAAACGCUCCUGGAAGAUGAAGCUCAGUUUAUUCCAAACCCAGAGCAUCCAGAGGACACCGAGUAUUUUGAUUCGCGUGGGGCCACCCUGUCGUCUUUCCCUGAAGAACUGGAAGACCAAAUUUCACCCGCAGGUACAACGCCGAAUGGUUCGGAAUAUCCCAAUCGUCCCCACGAUGCACUUUUCCGAGCCAGAACGCAAGCAAGUUCUGCUAAGCGUGGCCUCAUGCCUCUCCAUAUUCCUCCCCAUUUGGUACGCGAUUCCCGCAAUCGCAGGCUGAGUGAACCUGUCAUCGCCGACGACUUUGGCAAUUUCACUUUCAAGAACUUGCCCGUACUGGAGAAGGCCAACAAGGACAUAGUCGAGAGGAUGAGGAAAGAAGCAAUGCAAGCUCAAGCUAGAGGCUAUGCGCAUUCGCAAGCUAUGUCUGCCGCCAACAGUCCAGCGCUAGGAUCCCCAGGACCAUCCCUUGAAGGCAGUCCGAUGAUGCCGAUGCCAGUUAAGCGGGCACUCUCGAUCAGCAAGGGUCACAGGCCGGGCUCUCCAUCGAGCCUGGCUACAUCCAACUCGUCCCCCAGCAGGCCUUCGCAGCCUUCCUCACCCCUCUUGGUUCAGUUCUCCACAGCGCAGCACCAUGAUAGACGAAAGACGUCUGGCUCCUCCCAAGGAAGCAGUUCUCUUGCUCCAAGUAGCUUUUUUGAUAUCCCCUACGAUGCGGUGAAACACGGACCGACGGCAACGUCAUCUCCCAUCAAAUCUGCUCGGAUGCCUUCGGUUUCUCCCGCCAAAGGGAUGCCUCCACCUCGCGCUGCGACAGUCAAUGGACGCACAAGGUCGCAGACUGUCGGCUCACAGGAAAGUGACGGACAGGCCCCUCAGCGAGAACCUUUCGUUCCUGGUCAUCAUAAGCGCAAGAGCCAACUGCUCGUACGAGACGUUUCACCAUCGUCCUCAGACAAUGAAUCGGCACAAGCGAAGGCGCUCCUCAAGGUGCAACGCCGGCGGCAGAGCUCGAGAAGACUGUCGCAGAUCAACUUUCUUGAAGGCCCUACCUAUCGACCUUUGGAUGUCCUGAUCUGUGAGGACCAUCCGGUGUCCAGAAUGGUAAUGGAGAGGCUGUUUGAGAAGUUGCGCUGCCGGACGAUCACCGCAACCAAUGGUCCUGAUGCUCUACGACUUGCUAUUAGCCAGAUUCAGUUCGAUGCCAUCUUUAUGGAAUUCAAGCUGCCCCUCAUCAGCGGAGUCGACGUUGCUCGCAUGAUUCGAGACACAAAGAGUGCCAAUACCAGCACUCCAAUUGUCUGCAUUACAGGAUACCUGAAAGAUCUUCCCGAAGUCCACCACUUCGACACUCUCAUGCAGAAACCGCCGACCACCCAAAAGUUGACGGAGAUGUUAGCCAAGUACUGUGCCUGGAAACCCGCACCUAAAGACUUCCGGAUGGCAGUUCCAUUGACCAUCCCACAUCUCAACACGCGAUUCGAUCCUAUACCUACUCAAGACAGUCCCAGCUCUGUUGCUUCGAGCUUGGCACCGACAAUGCCCGACUCAUCAUACCGAGGGUCAGGUCGGGAAGAUUCGAUUGGCAGUGGCGGGUUUUUUAGUGAUCUGGAAUCCUUCAAGAGUGAUGACGUUCCGGUCAUUGUCUCUCGAGCCGCUACUGAUGAGUGGGCAAAGGCCGGGUUAGGAAUUUCCGACGAUAUUGUCCUCGGACAGCGGCCUUAUAUCCAGUCUGGUUAUCCUCAUCUUGUCCAUACAGAGUCUGCACCCCCAAGUGCUUGCAUCGACGAUACUGGCGGAUAUGGACUUCAGACCCCUCGGCGACAAAAGUCAUCGGAGGCUGUCAGAGUGAAGCGAGAACUACUGGAGAAGAACAUGAACCAUGCCAUUGGGGCAGCGGAAGAAGGAGAUGACGAAGACGAGGAACUGGGCGACGUCCAGGUGCGAGCGCGGUCACCUCUCGGUAAACCACCCCGGCCAUCAUCCAAACUUGGAAUUGAAAUGCUGCGCACGAACAGCCGGGGAAGCGUCAUUUCCAUGAGCGAGGACAGGUCAACGGAGCCAGACAGUCUCCGGAGGUCUCUGGAAGUUCUCGAAGAGCGCAUGGAGAAUCUCAAAAUUCCCGAGGAACCCAGUGUCGCUGCAUUGACAGAGAUCCAACCGCGGAAGAAACUCGAGCUCUCGCAGCAUUCACAUCCUGAGCAGGAGACUGUCCGUUCGCCCAGCGGCCAGAUCACACCUCCCGUCAUAUUCCCUCCGAAACCGGGCACCACCUUUGCAGAUAUCGAGAUGGAUAUCACUCCCGUGCCGACAAAAAUGAUCAACAUCGAAGAGGAGCCUACGCCGAAGCCCCCAGGCAGUCCCUCGAAACCAGAAAGAACACAAUCUCAGCGCUAG